ACUUCUAUCCUCAAAAUUUAAUUCCGUCUUUACAGGUUUUAGGUGUCAAAAUACAUCAUACGUCUAUAUUUGACAGACAACGCAUCAUCGUAGCGUCAACACUUUAUAUAAACGGGACUCCAUUUCUGUGAGCACCCAGUGACACAGGAAGUGGUUUAAAGCUUUUGUUUUUGAUUAAAGUCAAGCCACAUGCUGUGACUAGCUGGCAGUGACCAGAGAGGGAUAAACCUGGACACGAUGUGGAUGCAUCUUCAGAAAAUACCGUAAAAUAUGAAAAACAUGCUGUUUAAAAGACUCUGCAGGCUGCUUCCCAAAAUAUCCGUGUAUUUAGCGCUGCCAAGACGCACGGUUACCCGUCGCAACAUGGCCUCAAACCCGACGGCAGCAGACACGACCCGCUUCGACUUCCUGGUGAUCGGCGGCGGCUCCGGGGGUCUGGCCGGAGCUCGCAGGGCGGCGGAGCUCGGCGCGUCCACGGCCGUGAUCGAGAGUCACAAACUCGGAGGUACCUGCGUCAAUGUUGGUUGUGUCCCAAAGAAGGUCAUGUGGAAUGCAGCAGUUCAUGCCGAAUAUCUUCAUGAUCACAGUGACUACGGCUUUGAGGCUGGAAAGGUUUCUUUCAGCUGGGAGACUCUUAAGGCCAAAAGAGAUGCUUACGUUACUCACUUGAAUCGCAUUUAUCGCAACAAUCUCGACAAGGCUAAAAUCCAAACAAUUCAAGGCCGGGCAAGGUUCACGGAUGACCUUGAGCCCACUGUGGAGGUCAAUGGGAAGAAGUACACGGCGCCUCACAUUCUCAUUUCCACUGGGGGGCAGCCUACUCUUUUGAGCGAAGCUGAAGUUCCAGGCGCAAGACUUGGCAUUACCAGUGAUGGCUUCUUUGAGCUUGAAACUCUGCCAAAACGCACUGUGAUUGUGGGUGCUGGAUAUAUUGCUGUGGAGAUGGCAGGCAUCCUUUCCACCCUGGGGUCCAAAACAUCUCUCAUCAUUCGACAGACAGGGGUUUUGAGGAACUUCGACAGCAUGAUAAGCACAAACUGCACCAAAGAACUUCAGAACUCUGGUAUAGACAUGUGGAAGAACUCCCAGGUUAAGUCCGUGCGUAAAACGGACCAGGGUCUGGAGGUGACAGUUAUCACCAAGGACCCAGAGAAGAAGAACGAGGAGGAGAAGAUCAGCACCAUCCAGGAGGUGGACUGUCUCCUCUGGGCCAUCGGCAGACAGCCAAACACCUCUGGACUGAACAUCGGAGAGAUGGGUGUGGAAACCGAUGAUAAAGGUCAUAUCAUUGUGGAUGACUUUCAGAACACCAGUCGACCAGGGAUCUACGCUGUCGGUGACGUUUGUGGCAAAGCUCUUCUCACACCUGUUGCUAUUGCUGCGGGCAGGAAGCUGGCACACAGGCUGUUUGAGGGAAAGAAGGACUCCAAGUUGGACUACUCCACCAUUCCCACGGUGGUGUUCAGCCACCCACCUAUCGGUACCGUGGGCCUCACAGAAGAUGAGGCCAUUAAAUCCAAAGGAAAGGAGAACGUGAAGGUGUACAGGACUUCUUUCACUCCAAUGUAUCACGCCAUAACGAGCAGGAAGAGUCAGUGCAUUAUGAAGCUGGUGUGUGUGGGCAAGGAGGAGAAGGUGGUGGGGCUGCACAUGCAGGGUCUGGGCUGUGACGAGAUGCUGCAGGGCUUUGCUGUGGCCAUUAAAAUGGGUGCUACCAAAGCAGACUUUGACAAGACUAUUGCCAUUCACCCCACUUCCUCUGAGGAGUUUGUCACAAUGCGUUAAUGCAAAUACCAACCCCCAACUUUGCUUCCCUAUACAGCAUACCAGGACAGAGUUCCUGCUCUGCACUACUCUCACAUCAGCUUGACGACUUGCUUUUUUAAAACUAUCUUCAUACUUCCAUUUUCUUUCAUUUCAGUGACCUUGUUUGUGCACAGUGUUUCUUUUUCCGCCUAAUUCUCACCUAACUGGACCAAGACCAAGUGAUGGCCUUCCUAAACUGUACUGUGGGUCUUGAAUUUUGAUUGAAUUCCAUUUUAAUGAUUGUGAAAUGGAAGUGAUGACUCUGCAGGCAUGUUGUCAAGUGAUUGCGCAGGAAGACCUCUCUCCUAGUGUAUGUGUUUGGUUUGUCAGUCAUUCGUCUGAUUCGUUUUACAAACACUGCUGCUCCAUAAGGCACCUAUUUGCUUCUAAUACAAGGUCAUAACAUAUUGACUGCACUGUUUUAAAAACUCAAUAAACCUGCAGGCUUUUUCUUAAGUGUUGUUUUUUUUGCGUCUUUUAUGGUUCCAUGUUGCAUCUCUCCACUAAUGUCUUUGGCUUUGUGUUUGUUACUGGGAUACAAGAUGAUGAAUCUUACUAUUUGCUACUCAGAUGUCCAGUGACUAAAGGAAUAUUCACUUUUGUAUCUACAUACAAGGGAAGAAUGCAUAUAUGGUCAAAAUACUAUAACUGUCAUAUGCAAUAAAGCUUAUUCAGGUAUCAUCAGUCUGUAAUUAAAACAUAUUUGAAAACAUUA